AUGCCCACUGGGAGGGACAUUCCUUCUGAAGAUGAGCCCACUGUGUUUGAGGAUGAAAAGGCUGCACACCCAUCUUCCCAAAGUCUGCAAAAAUCGAACGGCAGGAAGUCCCCAGUGCCAGCUGCGAAUGUCGCGCUCAAGGAGGACGAGCCAGCCGCAGACGGAAAUGGUGAGAUCAUCAUGAGCGUUUUUGCUUCCUAUUUUGCCUCCUGCUACACGAGCACAUCACCCUCCCAGAGUCCUGUGGGCAGCUCUCCCGCCCAGGUGCAGACUGACGAGUUCCCCGGGUCCUCCCCGAACAUGGCCGAGCCCCAGAAUCUUCCUGUAGAAGCGGUAUCUUCCCCAAAUGCAUUACAACACAUGGACACUAAGAUAGAAAAGGAGGAAAAAGCAGAAGAAAUACAACCCCCAGAUGGCCAGGUGGAGCAGGCGCUCAGUGACAGCUGUAAAGUCAUCGCCUUCUCAAAAGGCACAGAGAAGGACACGAGUGUUGACAAGAAGACCACCAACAUCAGUGCUGAGAAGAAGACCACGGUCCUGUGGUUUCUUAAUGGAGACGUGAAGAAGAUCCUUCCAGAUCAGAGAGUGAUAUAUCGUCACACGAGUGCUCAGACGAUGCACACGAUCUAUCCCAAUGGUUUGGAAGUGGUGCAGUUUCCUAACGGGCAGACAGAAAAAUUCUAUCCUGAUGGCUCAAAGGAAAUCAUGUUUCUGGAUGGGACAGUGAAACAUCUUAAAGACGGACAAGAAGAGAUUGUAUUUCCUGACGGGACAACUGUGAGUGUGGAAAGGAACGGCGACAAAACCAUUGUGUUCAGCAAUGGGCAGAGGGAAAUCCACACGGCCCAGUUCAAGAGGAGGGAAUACCCCGACGGCACCAGCAAGACUGUGUAUUGCAACGGCCACCAGGAGACCAAGUACGCCUCUGGUAGGGUUAGGAUCAAAGAUGAGACUGGAAACAUCAUCCUGGAAAAGAAGUAGACCAGCGCGCAAAACGCAAUAUUACGUGUGAAUUCCAACUGCAUUUUUUGCAAGAAUAGAAACAAAAAACUAAUAAUACAUUGAAUGCCCCAAAUAAUGGAGAGCCACACAAAAGUUUCAGAUUGCCCAAGACAUCUAGAAAUUGUAAGGGAAGAGACAUCCUACUUCCUGGGUUUCCUGGUUAGGGAAAGUGGUUAGAUCAACACUGGUCAGAGAACAGGAGGCUGAAAGAAUGACGUCCGGGACCCCCAGCAAGAUGGCUUCUUCUUUGCUCAUCUCAAGAACCAGCUCUGCCAUGUGAUGGGCCCAGGAGGGCGGAGGAUGAAGCCUGGUGCUCAGCAGGGCCAGCUCCUCGCGUCAGCUGAUUAACAGGCUCUGGGGUACUCUCACUCCGUGCAGUCUUGUCCUUAGCCCACUCCAGGCGUCCCUCACCCCUCCUGAAUGACGUGAGCUCAGCCUGGCUGGUCCCCUCCAUCGUCUUGCAGCACCGAUGCCCAUGACUUUGCUGGGCUGGACAGGAAGACAGUUCCAGCCACUGCAAGCCAACCCACGGGGAGCCUGCCCCAGGGUCAGGGUGACGUGGGUCUCAUGGCCCAUCGCUGCCUGGGCAAUAGGUCACCUCCUGAAAUUCUUGAUUUUUUUAAUCUCAAAGUGAAAGCAAUGACCACUUCUUUACUUCGUGUGCCAUUUUGCAGGCAGCUUAGAAGAUAAGAAGCAAAUUGGCAUUUAGUUGAUUUUCUCAUGAAAUGGAGAGUCCCCAGAACACAGGAAAGGAAUAAUUUCUUGAGAGGUCUUAGGGCAAGAUGUACAUUUCUGUAAAUUCUUUCCAUAUGUUCUCAGGUUUUUAUGUGACGCAAAUUAAAUAUCAUAUUUUAGUGCCAAUAAUUAUUUCAGUCCUAAAGGCUAUGGUGUGCACAUUAUUGUAGUCCUCAAUACUUCGGUAAUGUUAUUUAAAGUAAUUCAAGAAUAAU